UCUUUUCUGACCGCUUAUUUUGAAGAAAAAGAAUCAAAAUCCCUUAAAGCUUGAUUAUUUUGAUGCCUUGAUCUUUCUGUUUUCCAAGGAUUUUUUUUUCAUGCGGUAGCUUGGGAAGGGAAAGGCAUGGCCAAGUCUUGAGGAAAUCUUCAAUUUGCUUUUCCUUUUUAGGGUUUCCUUUUGUCUGCUACUUUUUUUUCAAGUUUAUUUUCGUUUUAUGAUGUGUGAUAAGCUUUUUCCACCCUCAAAUCACGGACGAAGUCUCCUUUUUUCUUAGAAAAAAAAGAAGAAAUGAAAAUGAUUGUGCGCUGAAUAAUUUAACCAGAGAGAGAGAGAGACCCGCUUUUCUUGGGAACAAAUUCAGUACUGGAGCGUGUGGCCAGUCUCUGCUAUUGCACUCUUUGAACAUGUUUUGAUUCUUUUGAUAACAAAGAAAGAUACUUUUAACCUACAUGGAUGGAUAUACUGGUAAAAGAGCUAUUAGUGGGCUUGUACCUGGCAGGAGAUCAAGGCUUGUCCUGAAGGAUCAGGUUAAUAUCAAAGAGCAAAAUGCACGGUUUUGCAGCCGUAUUGGAUGCAGUAGGAGGAUGAACACUGUGAAAGGAACACCCAAUUUUUGCUCUGAAAAGGCCAAAUCUCCUAAUCCUUCUUGCUGCACUUCAUCUAGUGAGAAGGAAAUUAUUGGAAGUUCUUCUGGUGUAUAUCCUGCAGUUGGCAACACUAGAAAAUCCUCUACAAAUCUUAUCAGAAAGUUACCAUCUCAGCUGGAAAUAGAUUCAUCUGAAACUAGUAGUGUUGAGGAAGAGACGGAAGUGUUAGAGAUCGUAUCCCCACCAGGAAUUAUUCAAAGAGGGCUGCAGCCUCAAGCUGAAGCUGUUGAUGUUGAGGAAGUUACCGUGAUGGAAGUAGGAAGCUAUAGUCUAGCAUCAAACACAAGACAAGGGAGAAGCUUUACUCAAAGUUCUGGGUUGGACAACCAGGAUACUCAGGCAAGUCCAUCUUUUACUUUGGCAUCUCGAAGUGCUUUCCGUGCAACACAACGUAACACAAGCAAGUAUGGUUUGAGAAAUCCAAGAUGUAACUCUAUUUCUGUUGUCUCUUCUGGUUGUUCAUCUUCGGAUUCAAGCCUCAGCAAAGGGAAAAAUACAGUAAAAAGGAAUAAUUGUGAAGGAGAGGGUAGUUCAUCCACCUGGGGGAAGAAGUUGAGUGGGUCAUCUUUGGAAGGACUGAACAACAGUUCUAGCCUUGGGGUUUCUAUUUCUGAUUCAAGGCAAGCCAGAAACUGGUCUUCUAAUAGGGAUUGUAGUAUUACUUCUUCAGUCAGGACUCAGAGAUUAAACAGUAGUUAUGCUAGAGGGAGACUCCCUAACCAAGCAAAUGGGAACAGUUUAACUUCAAACGGGUCACCCUUAGUCAUCCCACAAGCAUCUGAAUCUGAUAUACAUUUUGAUUUGAAUGCUCCUGUUUCCACAGAAACUGCCUCAACUUAUGCUAGUUCUUACAAUCGACCGGGUAGUGUGGGUGAGAGUUUACGCAGUGUCAUGCCUUCUAUACCUUCAGAAGUUGGCCUAUACCGCUCUUCAGUGAAUUGGGCUAGAUUCCAGCGCUUCAAUAUGGAUGACAUUGCUGAGGUAUUAUCAGCACUUGAGAGAAGUGAACAAGUUGCACAGUUGACAUAUGAGCAAUUACUUGUUCUGGAGACCGGCUUGCUCCUUGAUGGCUUAAACUUUUAUGACCGGCAUAGAGACAUGAGAUUGGAUAUUGAUAAUAUGUCAUAUGAGGAAUUACUAGCUCUAGAAGAAAGGAUGGGUACUGUGAGCACUGCCCUACCUGAAGAAGCAAUGUCAAAAUGCCUUAAGAAAGGCAUUUUUGAGGCAACAUCUUGGGAAGAUGCAGUUGUCUGCUUUAAGGGAGAAAAAGAUGAUAUCAAAUGCAGUAUAUGCCAGGAAGAGUAUGUCAUUGGAGAUGAAGUAGGGAGGUUGCACUGUGAGCAUAGGUAUCACAUUGCAUGCAUACAACAGUGGCUACGGAUGAAGAAUUGGUGCCCUAUUUGCAAAGCAUCAGCAGAAGCCACAUAGUUGUAUUCGCCUACCUCAUUAUCAAGUUGAAUUUUAAAUAGGACCAUAUAUGUAAAUAUCAAAUCCAUCCAUAUAGUGGCAAGGAUAUUUUUGGUCAUUUGUGGCUCUCUCAAGACAGUGGAUGCUAUUGGAUUACCCCCCUCCCUUUCAAAUGGGCACUUGAACAAUCAAUUAAGUUGUUGAUC